AGUGUCAGCGCCAGACGUCCGCAUCCGCUGCAGCUAAAGACGCGGGUCCUCAGUGGUAUGGACGCCGGAGGAAAGCACUGACCAUCCAGGAACCAUGCCGACUGUCCUCGGCGGCAGAGAGAAACUUUCCAUCGUCUGUUUUCUGCUCCGAUGCGCGUAUUCUCAGGUAACAGGAAGCCAACGCAACAGCUGUGCCAAAGAUAUUCUGGAGGACAUGACUCAGUCGUGGCCGUCCCAGCAAGCCUUAGGGGGUGAGCAGGCCCAACAUAUCCUCUACAACCCAAAGGACGUGAAACAAUCGACACAGCAAAGGCAAAGUCGGGGGGAUGUUCAGCUGCGAAUGACCCGUAACCCUCGUGUGGCACCUCACAAAUCCAUGCUCGCUGAUGACCUGAAGCUGAGCAGUGACGACGAUGACACUCAGAGGGCCCCUCACGAGUCAGCGCCCUGGGACAGACACAGCCUGUCAGCACAGCGAGCGCACACACAUGGCAGGAGGGUGAGACAUUCCAGCUCAGACUCCUCGGGCUCAGACUCCACCGUCGGGUCGGGCAGCAGCAGCAUUCGUUCCCGCAGCCCGAGCCCAGACGUUCACCCAGACCCUGGGUCGCCGGCGAACGUGCAGCCGCUGUGCAACCACAAGGAGACUAAUCACCCCGCUGCGGCGCAGUGGCAGUUGGACAAAUGGCUGAAGAAGUCCCACAAAAAAUCUGCCAGCAGUGAACAGGAUCCAUCUCAGAGCGCUAGGAGACGCUUGCCCUCUCCCCACACCCAGCGCGCCCCAUCCCCAGCCAGGUCCUGGGACAGCAAUCAGGAAUACAGCCCCAGUCAAAGCCCUAUUCCAAGCCCACAGUUCAAUUACAGCCACAACAACACCCCUCUUCCCAGCCCUGGUUACAGCUACUGUCCGAGCCCCAGCCCCUUUACAAGCACCUGCCCCAGCCCCAGCCCAAGGCACAUCUCCAUCCCCAGUCCAGCUCUGAGUGUUUGCCUCAGUCCGUGUGGGAGCCCAAGGGGCAGCCGCAGCCCGAGCCCCCUUCCUACACAUCCUCCAAGAAGCCCAAGUCCCAGCUUACCAUCUCCUUCAAGGCUUCGUCACUACCCUGAGAUUCAAACACAAACUGUCCAAACAACCAAUCCCCACAGGACAAAAGUUAGGUCAUGGAUCCCCCCGUUGCCUAACACAGACACCAAGAACAAGCCCACGAAUGGUUCUCACCCUCAGGCGACUCAUCAGCACCAGCCCAGAGCUCGACCAACACAAGAGCAAAGCAAAUCCAAGGCCUCUGCUUCUGUUUUAAACUCUGGCCUGAAUCACAGCCAGAAAUCUAGACCCAAGUCUAACUUUCAUCCUAAUUCUAAAGCGCUGUCAGAGGCUCCCAAAGCCAAACACAAAUUGCAUUUUGAACAAAUCCAGGGCAGCAGGUCCAACCACAGCUCUGACAACAAGCCCAGGCCUCUGUUUCAACGCGGCUCACAACUUAACCCCACUAGAGCAAAGCACUUAGCUCCUGCUAGUCGUGAAACCAACGCUGGUCACGCUUCUCACUUGCAAUCUACCUCUAAAGCUGCUGCUAAUUCUGCCAGUGGGUCGAACUCGAGUGCUAGUUCGAGUCUUAAACCAAGGACCAAGCCGUCGGAGGCCUCAGUGCAGACUCCUGUGCAUGUGAAUCAUACUAAAGCAUCAAAGAAGAAACCCCAGACCAAAGAACAGGAGGUGGACCACAGACGAGAUCAUCCGACAGAGGGGAGAAAACACGAGAGGAAAGAGGACAGACAUCGGGAAAAACCGAAAGGUAAAGAGGAGAGGAAGGAAGACAGGAGGCUGGCGGAAGAGCAGCUGCUAAGACGUCCCUGGAUCCAGAGUUCAGCAGAAGAAGAAGAGGAGGAGGAAGAGGAGGAAGGAGUGAUAGAAAGGCAGAGGAGAAGAGAGGAGACAGCAAAAGGGGAGAACAGGAGGAAGGAGCAGCAACAUCGACGUGAUUGGCAAACCAGAACAAGACUGCCCACUGAUGCCAAGCGACACCAACCUAAGGACGACUCAUACCACCAGGGGGCAACGAAAAGGGGGGGGAGAGCUGAGGAGGAGAGAGAGUUACAACUGGAACUUUCACCUCCUCCAUCACGUUGCCCGACACCUCAUCGACCGUCCUCCUCAUCCUCUUCCUCGCAUUCAGAUUCAGAAUCUGAACGUAUUAUCGCCAAGGUUCCAGCCGACUCCACCUCCCACAAGAGACUCACCAAGAGAGGGCAACAAGGCCCAGGCAGGCCUGAAGCCAACAGGCCCAAGGCAGCGCCCCCCAGAGGAGCCACUGCUCAUCCAAGCGAGGGGCAGCAGGGUGAGAACAGGCAAAAACUCUACACCCUAGUCCCGUUUGGGCGAGGGGAACAGGCUGCAGCUUCUUCCCAGCGAGGGCUCAGAAACCUGGUGGUGCAGAUCGACCUCUGUCUUCUCAAACGAGUCCCGGACAGCACGAGUGGUCCCGCUGUUAAAAAACUCUCUUCCUCUCCCUCCUCCUCCUCGUCAACCAGGGACAAGCAAAGAGACAGCAUGAAACACCUGUACACACCUGAGACUGUGACAAAAGACGGAAAAAGGAAACGCAAGCUGGAGAACGGUGUGUCACAGAGAGAAAGCAAGAGGAGUCUUCCCCAUGCAGGAGACGGCCUCUCGGAUCGCACAGAGCCGUCAGCUCACACAGCUGGGCCCGACUUUGUGACAGAGACCACACACAACGGGUUCUUGGAGGAGUACUUAGACAGCAAGAGGCCACUGUCUCCGCUGUCUCCACUGUCUCCACUGUCUCCACUGUCCAACAGCCCAAAGUCCACCAAACCUCCCAAAACCAAGACUUCAGAGCAGCAUCACAGCCACAAGAACAGAGACAAGACCAAAGAUUCUGCUGUGAAGCCCAAGAUGGAGGUGGAAUGUGUUAAAGUGUCCAGACAGACCCAGCCCCCGUCUGAGUGCUGGGGCCCUGCAGGACACCAGGGGACUGUGAAUAAAUAUGAAACUCCACACCAUGCAGAGUACUACUUACAUGAAGCUAAAAGGAUGAAGCAUCGAGCCGACGCAAUGGUGGACAAGCUGGGGAAAGCUGUGAACUACGUGGAUGCUGCUCUCUCCUUCAUGGAGUGUGGGAAAGCCAUGGAGGAAGGACCGCUGGAGGCUAAAUCUCCGUAUACCAUGUACUCAGAGACAGUGGAGCUCAUCAGAUAUGCAAUGAGGUUGAAGAGCCACUCUGGCCCUGGGGCGAGACAGGAAGACAAACAGCUGGCAGUUCUGUGUUUCCGAUGCCUUGCCCUACUUUACUGGCAGAUGUUUCGGUUAAAGAAGGACCACGCUCUGAAAUACUCCAAAGUACUGCUCGACUAUUUUAAGGGUUCUCCCAAAGUCCCUUCUACACCACCCUGCUGGAAUGAAUCUGGGAAGGAUGCAGGAGGAGCCCCUCUGUCGCUCUCGCCCAACGCCAAACACCCUGCAGGGAGUUCACAUGGGGGCAGCAACUCCCCCUCCUUCAUAAGCAUUCCCCAGCGUAUCCACCAGAUGGCAGCAAAUCACCUAAACAUCACCAACAGUGUGCUGUACAGCUACGAGUACUGGGAGGUGGCCGACAACCUCGCUAAGGAGAACAAAGGUAAAAUUUGA